AAUCUAUUUAAAUAACCAAGAUGGCUGCAGCUGUUAGAAUGAUUGUGUUGAACAAUGGAAGAAAAUUUCCGAUUCUUGGACUUGGAACUUGGCAGUCGUCUAAAGAAGAAUGUCAGACCGCUGUCAGGGCAGCACUCGAUGCUGGGUAUCGCCAUAUUGAUACAGCAUACGCAUACCGAAACGAGGCUGAUAUCGGAGAGGUGCUCCAGGAAUAUAUGAAGGCCGGCAAACUUAAAAGAGAAGAUUUUUUUAUAACUACAAAGUUGUGGAUAACAUUCCACCAACAAGAUCGUGUUCUCGAAGGUUUAAACGAGUCAUUAAAAAACCUACAGUUAGACUUUGUUGAUCUUUAUCUUAUCCAUACUCCAUGUGCAUUCAAGGAGACAGGCAAGGGUUUUUAUCCUGAAAAUGAAGAUGGAACACCUGCUCAUCUUAAUAUUCCCAUCGAGGAAACAUGGAAGGGAAUGGAGAGGGCUGUUGCUCUAGGGAAAGCCAAAUCGAUCGGUGUAUCAAAUUUUAACAGCAAACAAGUGGAGAGAAUCUGCAAAUCUUGCACGAUAAAACCCGUUACUAAUCAGGUAGAGUGUCACGCCUAUUUGAAUCAGAAGAGAUUACAGGAUUUCUGUAAAGCUCUUAACGUAACCUUGACGUCCUACGCCAGUCUCGGAUCCCCUGGAAGACCAAGUUACUUAAAGAAGGAUGCUGAACCUGUAUUAUUAGAAGAACCAUUGAUUAAAGAAUUAGCAGAUAAAUACAAGAAGACAGCUGGACAGAUAUUGUUGAGGUAUUUGACACAGAGAAAUAUUCUGGUUAUACCGAAAAGUGCCAAUCCUACUCGAAUUGCACAAAAUAUCCAGAUUUUUGACUUUUAUUUAAGUGAUAGUGAGAUUGAUCAGAUUAAUGGUCUUAACAAAGAUCACCGAUACUUCACGAUGGAGGUGGGCAUAGGCCAUCCAGAAUAUCCUGCAGAUGAACCAUUUUAAAGAACGUAACACACUGUCACAAAUACGAUUCCAUCUGAUAUCGGCACCUUUGCACACUUCAUGAUCAUUUCAAUGAAACCUUAUCAUUCCGUUGUUAGAGCUUCUUAAUAUCAUUAUGUCAUAAGUUUAAGUUUAAGAGGUUUUUCCUGGAAAAGUUCGGUGGAGUAUGGGCCGAGGGAAGCCAUCGUCACCCUUCUAUAAUUUAAGAGUAAUCGUUGUCGUCAGCGAAUCAUUGGGACCUUGUACCAUCCAUUAUAUGCUUAGUUAUUGCCGCUGGCCCCAAAAACGCAACCUUCAAAUUGUUGUUGAUGGAGGUAUAUUCGUUGCCAGGCAACAUAAUGUAUGUAAUGUUCAUUGUAUAUACUUAAGUACCCCAGU